GUCAGCAGGAGAGGAGGAGGAGUGGGUAGUUCUCGGCUGGCUGUGAAAGCAUCAAUGGCGGCCAGUUACCCGUAUGGACAGGGUUACCCUGGAACUGCUGGACAACCACCUGGAGCUCCCCAGGGGGGAUAUCCCGGCGGCCAAUAUGGUGGGCUGCCUACUGGGGCUCCCUACAGCGGACCAGCACCUGGUGGUCCAUAUGGGCCACCGUCUAAUGGAGGAGCAUAUGGCCACCCAUCCUCUGGGCCCCCUGGGAGCAUGUAUGGAGGAGGCCCAGCACCUGGAGGGCCUUAUGGGCAGCCAUCUACUAAUCCAUAUGGUGCCCCUCAGUCUGGACCCUAUGGGGCAGGAGGUCCUGGGGCAGGUGCCGUCCCCCAUGGCGUGGAUCCUGAAGCCUUCUCCUGGUUCCAGAGUGUGGAUUGCGACCACAGUGGCUACAUCUCUAUCAAAGAGCUCCGGCAGGCCCUUGUCAACUCCAACUGGUCUGCCUUCAAUGACGAAACUUGCUUGAUGAUGAUGAACAUGUUUGAUAAAUCCAGGUCUGGGCGAAUCGAUCUCUAUGGGUUCUCAGCCUUGUGGUGCUUCAUCCAGCAGUGGCGGAACCUCUUCCAGCAGUAUGACCGUGACCAGUCAGGAAGCAUUAAUUAUAAUGAGCUGCACCAAGCACUCUCACAAAUGGGAUACAACCUGAGCCCCCAGUUUUCCCAGCUGCUGCUGUCACGGUACUCCCAGAAAGCCACCAAUCCCGGCAUCCAGUUGGACCGCUUCAUCCAGAUCUGUACCUUGCUUCAGACCAUGACCGAAGCCUUCCGGGAGAAGGAUACCAGCAUGACGGGCAAUGCCCGGAUCAACUAUGAAGAUUUCCUUAUGAUGUCAGCCACUCGCAUGCUGUGAUGCUGUUUGAGAUCAGGGGAUGUUGGAGGUUUUGCAGUGCCUGUAUAAGAGAACCCCUUGGUAUUUCCCACAGAGACCCAGAAGCAAGAGCCGCUGCUGAAGAGCAGUUGGACACUUCGGCUGGAGGACAUUGGACGUCAGAGCCAAAUGAAACCACCUUUUCCUUUGAUUAGCGUGACGCCAAGUGCUUAAGCAUUAUUGGAUGGAUUCUUUGAAAGUGUCGUGUGAUUGGUUUGAACUGAUUGUAAUAGUCUGCCACAAAGAAGUUCCUCUAGGGGAUGAGCGACAGCCCAAAGCCAAAAUAUAAUAAUAAUAAUAUGUUUAUUGCUUUUCUGGCCGAAGCCAUAAGCCAUACAAACACCAACAAAAUAUGAACUGUACACUUGAACAUACCCAAUUCACAUAGACAUAACUCGUCAUUAUCACUUUAAACUAUCUAAAAAGCCAAAAUAUGCAGUUGCACAGUGGCCACCACAGCCUGCAGAAGUUCCAGUUCUUUCACCUUUUCCUUCUCUCCCCUCCCCUAUAAGAAAUAUCUUCCACCUUUGAUCUUGGUUUGUACUGCAGCUUCAGAAACAGCUCCUGACUCCCCCAUCUGGAGUUUGUGCGCUGUAACGUAGCAAGAAUCUGCCUUGGGCAACCUUGACUCACCAAAGCAGAAAAACUACACCAUGGGGAGAACAUGGAUGUGUGUCUGUGAGAUAUAUUUGUCCCUGACAGUAGUAGAGAUGCUUGUAUUGCUUGACACACAUUCCACGUGUAAUUCCCCUUUUUGCCAUUAAGUAGUAUUAAGACCAUUGGCCAAGAUGUCUGAUUCCUCCAGAGGGCCCUUCCCGCCUGAAGCUUUAGCAGUCCUUCUAUCAGUACAUCACCCCAGAUUUUUCCUUUCUAGAGUACAAGCUCUUUUUGCCAACAACCAGUUCAGCUCCUUCUGGGAUAUUUUGUUUGUGUUCUUCCCCAGUAGCCAACUUUUUGCUCUUGAUUUUAUCUUUUAUAGUAGAGGCCAAAAUUAUGUAUAAUGGACACGUCAGAGAUUUAAACAAAAGUGAAAUUCUCCAAUAAAGAAUCUUAAGCACUGAA